AUGAUGAAUGAACAACCAGAUGUACAGAUGACAGACAACUGGAUGGAUGGACAGACAACCCGACUGAUGAAUGAACAACCAGGAAUGACAGACAACUGGAUGGAAGGACAGACAACCAGACUGAUGAAAGAACAACCAGAUGUACAGAUGACAGACAACUGGAUGGAAGGACAGACAACCAGACUGAUGAAAGAACAACCACAUAUGACAGACAACUGGAUGGAAGGACAGACAACCAGACUGAUGAAUGAACAACCAGAUGUACAGAUGACAGACAACUGGAUGGAAGGACAGACAACCAGACUGAUGAACGAACAACCAGAUGUACAGAUGACAGACAACUGGAUGGAAGGAUGGACAGACAACCAGUCUGAUGAACGAACAACCAGAUGUACAGAUGACAGACAACUGAAUGGAAGGAUGGACAGACAACCGGAGUGA